UCGAACGCAACGCCGCUGUCGCCGACUGCGCCGCUCCAACCAACCAACUGGCCAGCCAGCCGACCAACCCACCCCCUGUUCCGUGCCGUUCCGUUCCGCUCGGCCCCCCUCUACCCUGCUACCACCCCCUUCUACACACAACAACCACUGGCGUUCGUUCUUAUUAGAUUUGAUGACGGAUCCGACUUAGAACGACCGACCGACCACGAAAACAACAAAAACAACACAUCGACGGACGGUCGGCCGGCCGCGCCUUGUGGCCGUUUCAUUUCCCUCUCGUUUCUCGCCCGUUCCACUUGUUCCAUUCGUUCCGUUCUCGCGCCGUUAGAAUCGCACUCUGCCGCCGCCGCUGCCGCAGUCGCUGCCACUGGCUGACUUAUUGGCUUUAAGCGAAUUUGAACGUCGCUCGAACUUUUAUUCAACGUGUUUGUUUCAUCGUGUGAGCAACUCUGAAACGCUACACAUUCGCAGCGGAAAUUGAAAACUUAAAAAAACACAAAAACCGAAAACACAAAACCCCAAGCCCCCUUGAAAUAAAUCAAACUAAGCCCAAAAAGAAAAAAAACUCGCGAUACGCAAGUGUUAAUCAAGAUAUUUAAGAUAAAGUUUAUAUUGUAAUCCCCAAAAAAAAAUCAAAGAGAUCUUAUAACAAAUUUUUUUAAAGUGUUGAACCCACAAAGUGCUUUAAACAACAAAUAACAACAACAACUACCAAAAUGCCUUACAACAGCGUCACGCUUUAGUGUCACAAGUACAAGUCCCCACCCCUUUCGCAAACUACCCAUUUGAAACUGAAAGAAACAAGGAGGCCCAAACAGGUGUCCGCCACCGGAGACAAUCAGCAGCAGCAGCAGGUGGGCAGAGCUCCUCUUCAAAGAGACAGAGAGAGAGAGAAGGAGAGAGAGAUUCCCCAACAGAUUCGCUGCCGAUGUGCCGGCUGUUCAACGUUCGACAUUCAACGCAUUCGCUCGGCCUUAGCGCUCUGAGCAACAACAGCAAAAAGUCGGGAAUUUAGAGCCGAUGGAACCGAUGGAUCGGCCAUAUUCCUCCAAAAGUCGUCCCUUCUGCUCCAUGAAUCCCUUGAAUAAACCGAAAAAGGAACUGUAGUUUGGUGAACUUGUGAUAAGCGGAAAAGUGAAAAGUGUGUGCCUCCAGAAACCUAAAAUAUAUAAAUAUAUAUAUACAAAAAAGAAUACUUUUUGGACAGUCCAAACAACCAAUGCAACGCGUAGGCCUUCAACUGUGAUUUAAGAAUAUAUAACAAAAAAAGAAGAAGAAAAAUAAGAAAAAACCAACCCCGUUUGUUAACAUUAAGUUUUAUUAGUUUGUAUUAUUAUUAACUUACCGCGUGUGCAACUGCUAACAGCUAACCAACAUGUUCAACUCCAACAUACCGGCCUCCUCGCUGCUCGGCCUCGACCAAAGCGGCCUGCUGAUGGGCGGCCAUACGCCCAAGACGCCCGAGAUCCUCAACUCGCUGAUCGCCAUGACCAAUCCGCUGGACAACUUUAGUUUCAGUUCGGCGGCAGCGGCGGCCGUUUCGGCGGCCGUUUCCGCAUCCGCCGCCUCGUCGGCAUCCUGCAGUGCCGCCUCCACGCCGGUAGUUACCGUGCGUCACUUCAACGGCGGUCAUCCCAACGGCCAGUCGCACUCGCAGGACAGCAGUCAUUCCAGUUGCUCCGGAUCGCCGCUCGACUCGCCAGCGGGCACGGCCACCACGCCCAGCGUCCAACAGACCUGCUCGCGUUUAAUCAAGGAGGGCCUCAAGCUGUCCAUCCAGAGCAAGCGCAAGCUCUCCACCUGCGACUCCAGCUCCGGUUCGGAGCAGCCGCACUCCAAGUACUCGCGGCGCAGCAACCACAACGGCGGCGGCGGCGGACACAGCGGCAGCAGCAGCAACAACAACUACAGCGGCAGCCUGAGCAACGCCAACGAUCUGGACGAUGACUGCGGCCUGGAGGAGGAGUCCAGUGACGAGGAUAGCGAAACGAAGUCGUCGCAGCCCAAGGGACUGACGCCGGAGGACGAGGACCGCAGGCGGCGGCGUCGCGAGCGCAACAAGAUUGCGGCCACCAAGUGCCGGAUGAAGAAGCGCGAACGCACCCAGAAUCUGAUCAAGGAAUCGGAGGUGUUGGACACCCAGAAUGUGGAGCUGAAGAGCCAGGUGCGUCUGCUGGAAACGGAGCGCCGGAAGCUGAUGGACAUGCUGCAAUCGCAUGGUUGCCAACGCGCCGGAGGCUGUCAAUUGCCCAAUCAGCUGCUUCAAUCGCCGGCCCAGAAAUAUCUAAGUGAAUUGGAGCUAGAAACGGCGAACGAGGUGGCAAAUUCCGGCUGCAGCAGCAACAACCAGCGGCUACAGAGCAUACCCUCGAUAGCCACGUUUAAGUACGGUUCCAAAACGGCGGCAGCGAUGGCUCAGCAACUGCCCAAUGGCUAUUGCAAGCCCUCGCCGAGCGCCCAGGAGUUUGAGCAUGCCGGCUACCAGCAAUCGUUGAAUACCGCCGAUCAGCAGCAGCAGCAGGGGAAUCCCAUUCCCAUUCCCAGUCCCAGUCUGAUUUCCGACUAUGUGCCCAACUGCGAAGGCCUGACCACCACCAGCAGCAGCAGCAAUCCAAACAGCAGCAACGCCAGCAGCAGCAGCAGCAAUAUCAGUACCAGCAACAACAACAUCAGCAAUGCCACUAGCAACAACACCAGUGCAACAACGCCCACCGCAAUAGCCAGCACCACCAGCAGCAGUAGCGCCAUUGAGUUUGUCAAGAACGAACUGGUGGACUCGCAGAGUCCCUACACCACCGCCUUGAGUGCCGAGAGGUUCCUUUUUGAGCCCAGCGAUGGUUUUCCGGACAUCAAGCAUGCCUGUGUUCUGCCCUCGCCCUGCGGUAUCAAUAGCCUCAGCAUGGUUCACACGAAUCAAGGCGCCAGUGCUAACGGAAAUAUAAACAAUAAUGUUAAUCAGAAUAAUAAUAAUAAUAACAAUAACAAUAAUAACAACAAUCACCUGAUGGACUUCCACCAUGGUGGCCUGCAGCAUGGUAACCACAACAUUGGCGUGGGCGUUGGAGUAGGUGUAGGUGUGGGUGUGAUGACGCCCUACGACGAUGAGCAGUUGCUGCUGAUGAAGAACGGCUGCUAUGCCAGCGAUUUGAUGUCCCAACUGGUGGAGGAUUGCGGCGAGUAUGUGGAUUUGGACACGGCCACCGCCUUUAUGAACAACGGCAGUUGCCUGGCGUGAGGAAGGGCGCCGGACAGGGAGCGGGAUCGAGAAAGGGACCGCGACCUGCUGCUCCUAGCCUUCGAUCAGCCGCAGCAACAGCAACAGCGGGAGCAACCUACUGCAGAGAAGGAGGAGCCACCAGCACAACUUGAUCGGCAGGUGGAACUCGAACUCGAAAUGGAGCUGCAAUUGGGAGAGGAGCAAGAUCCGCCGGCCUGGGCCCACGUAGACUACUGGUGCUAGGCCAUCAUCGUAAACCCUAUAUAAACUAAUAAUGUUAAUCCUAAUCGCCACUCAUUGACUAAGCAAAAGCAGGAGUAGGAGUACAGACAAAGAUAAAGAAACAGAAGCCGCAGUCAGUCCCCCUAAGACAACCCAUAACCCAUAACAAUCCGGCCCUAUUAUUUCCCAAAUAAUUUACCCAAAAAUUCUAACUUUUUCUGAUAUUUAUUUGCACUCAACAUUUUUCAAGUCACCUCUUUAUUUUUUUUUUUUUUUUGGUAACCCAGCAAUCCAAGUUCUUCCAAUAGGCCCCCAUCCCGCAAUUCAAUCAUGGACCACUCGAAUAUAAUCCCCAAGCCCCAGAUUUACAUAUAUGUACCCCCAGAACCUUUGAUCCCAAGUCCGCCUGGAGCCGGCAUCCAGCCUGUGGCUUAACUACCUCAUGAAGAAAGAAGCAGAAACAAUUAACAAGUAACUAUCAUUAAAGAGCUGUAAGGAGAGUAAGGUGUAAAGAACGUAGGACGAUGGACGACAAAAGAGCAGAAGCAGAAGAAGAAUCG